UUUGCUGAAACUCCGUCCCCUCGCUCGACUGCGCGUUCGCUUCUCUUACCUUCGCACCGAUCGCUCGCUCUCUCGCUCGCCCUCAAUCUUCGCAUCUAUCCGCAGAAAACGAAAAUUACAUAGGAGGAAGCCAAGUAAAGUUGUGUUGAAGAUGGGUUCGGAAGCCUUGCAGGCAGCUAAGGUGUAUCGCCAUCUCCUCAAGGCUGUCAAAAGCCACGUAGGCAAGGAAGAAACAAAGAAACAUUUUGUAGAAUACGUGACCGAAGAAUUUCGGAAGAACUGCAUUCUCACGGACCCCUCAUCUAUCCAACAGAAAAUAAAUCUUGCAAAGGAUUACACAUUCCUCCUUAACAGCGUGCACCAUCACAAGGAACUGCUGUUCUCCUACAACAUUGCUGUGGAUAGAUCAGAAGAGAUGAAAAGAAUACUAGGAAAAUCAGCUUCCAGUGUAGGCCUUAGGCUCCCUGAGGUUUACCAGCCUUAACAAUGGUAACCUCUGCUCGAUCUUCGACUGUCCCAUUCAACUCUUGUAGAGUCAUUCCAAUGUACUCCGGAGCUGUUCCCGUGCGUGUCUGCUUAACUUUAGCGGAUCAAUUACCAUUCAGUUUGUUUUGUUACAUGGGGUGUUAUCAUUUUUGUGGUCCUGUGACAUCUGCUAGUUCAGGUGGUUUUGCAAUCCGUUUGUACACUAUCGGAUUAUAUUUGUUCGAUCUGACUUUUGAGCCAGCCAUUGGACAGUAAGGCUGGGAGCUUUCAGGGCAAAUUGGCGAUCUUGUUGUUGUUUCCCAUAUCCUCUGAAUAAUACCGCAAGUAAGUUUUCAGAA